UCAUUUUCAAGAAUCACUGCUUAUCAUGGGUUCAAUCGGAACAGAAGACCUUCAGCGAACUGAGAAGCCGACUUUCCCAGGUGAAGCAAAUACUUUAGAAUACGCAAAAUCACUUGAUUCAAAAGAUCACUUGCGUUUAUUCCGCCAACAAUUCAAGAUUCCUUCAAAGCCAAACAUCAAAGCAACGAAACUCGUCAAGCAAGAACAAUCCGAUGACCCAUGCAUUUAUUUCUGUGGUAACUCUUUGGGCCUCCAACCUCGAGCAGUACCAGAAUUCAUCCAAACCCAGCUCGACACCUGGUCAACGAUUGGUGUGCACGGUCACUUUCGCCAGCUAGAAGACUCCCCCCUUUCCCAAUGGCAACUACUAGCCGAGCACGCCGCUGCAAGAUGCGCACCCAUUGUUGGUGCUGCCACCUCAGAAGUAGCAAUCAUGGGCACCCUCACCAUGAAUUUGCAUCUUCUUAUGGCUAGUUUCUAUCUUCCAACCGCAACCAAAAACAAGAUCAUUCUGGACUGGAAAGCGUUCCCCAGUGAUCACUUUGCCAUCGAGUCUCAGAUUCGAGGCCACGGGUAUAAUCCUGAUGACGCAAUGACCGUGAUUGGGCCGGAGGAAGGAGAGUACGAGGUCUCAACUGAGAGCAUUUUGAAAGUCAUCGAUGAGCACGCUUCUACCGCCGCCUUGAUUCUCCUCCCUGGAAUCCAGUAUUACACUGGACAACUUUUUGACAUCAAGACGGUCACUGCAUAUGCACAAUCUAAGGGUUUGAUUGUAGGAUGGGAUCUCGCCCACGCAGCGGGAAAUGUACCACUGCAACUCCACGACUGGAACGUCGAUUUUGCAGCUUGGUGUACAUACAAAUACAUGAACGCAGGCCCCGGCUCAAUCGCAGGGCUCUACGUCCACGAACGACACGGCACCGUCGAUUAUUCUCAAGAUGCACAGAAGCCCGUGUUCAGACAUCGGUUGAGUGGGUGGUAUGGUGGUGAUCAGGCGGGACGGAUGAACAUGGAUAACCAUUUCCGACCCAGUCCAGGGGCAUCAGGAUACCAAGUCUCCAACCCCUCAGUAAUCGACCUUGCCUCCCUCUGCGGCGCCCUCUCCGUCUUCAACCAAACAUCCAUGUCCUCCCUCCGCCUCAAAUCCGUCUCCAUAACCGCCUACCUCGAAUUCCUCCUCCUAUUUAACACCGACGCCCCUACCCGCGCCUUCCGCAUCAUCACUCCCAGCAACCAUGAAGCGAGGGGUACGCAGUUGAGUGUUCUCUUAAAACCAGGGAGAUUAGAGAUCUUGAUGGAGAUGUUGGAUGAGGCGGGCAUUGUGGUGGAUAAGAGGAAGCCGAAUGUGAUACGUGUGACGCCUGUUCCGUUGUAUAAUACGUAUGAGGAGGUUUGGAGGUUUGUACAGAUUUUUAAGAAGGCGUUGGAGAGGUGUGAAUGAUUAAGUGUGUGGGAUAGAUAUAGAUGGUAUAUAAUCAAGAUACAGAUCUGAAUUUUUUCGAGCCUUGGAGGCCAAUCCUUGACUAUUGGGGAUUACUUGAACAGGCAAGGAUAUUACAGAAAAUAAAGUUCAUUGUUCCUACACAGGCACAUUCGUG